UGUCGAUCUUGCAUUUGCUGUUCGUCUCUCAAUUCCCUUAAUGCGAUUACGGAAGGUUUUAAGUUGAGGGGAUAGCGAUUCAAAGGUCCAAGGCGAAUCAAUGGCUGCAGCAGCUUCGAUUUCCCUUUCUUCAUCACUCUGCUGUCACUGCUCCACCAUCUGCCAUGUUCGUGCUUCUACUCGAUCGAAAAAUGCAUACGCUGCUCGAGGAUUAGCAACGGUCUUUGAAACCGGUUCUCCUCUAUCGAUUCAGAAAUCCUUUUGGCGGAGGAGCAAUUGCACUAACACUAGCACUGCAAGCAAAUCGAAAGCAGUCUCAAUAAGAUGCGAGCAGAGCAGCAAGGAAAGCGGCAGCAACAACAGUGGAUUCGAUGUUUGGGUUGGGCGAGUGGCUAUGGUGAGUUUUGGUGUUGCUAUCAGUGUUGAAAUUGCGACUGGCAAAGGACUCCUAGAGAAUUUUGGAUUCACCACACCUUUGCCAACUGUGGCCUUGGCAGCAACCACCUUAGCAGGAGUUUUGGUUGCUGUCUUCAUCUUCCAAUCUGCAUCAAAAACCUGAAAUUUUCUAUUCUCAUUAAUAUUUUUUUUCAUCCCUUGUAUAACAACAUUAGCAAAAAAUUAUCACCAGUCUACUAUUAUUUUGUGUUAUCCAUACUAAAAAAGAAAAAGAAAACAAAAUGAAUGAAGUAAUGAUAGUGGUUGUUUGGCUUAAUGGAACUAUAACCAUUCUCUCCUA